GUUUUCGUCACUGCGGGGAGUGUCUGCGCUCGACCAAUCCCGCGCGGGAUUUGAGGUCAGGGGGCGGGGCUUCACGUCUCACUGCAUCCUAAAUCCAGCUGCUGCAGCACGCUUUUGUUCAAACUCUGAAGUCAGGCGGCCGGGAGGAAAGUUUCUUUUUACUCAGAAAAUGUUCGCGGAAACGGAUCGAUGAAGAUCGAACUUUAAAGCGACUUUUUUAAUUCUCUUUUUGUCGACAUUUGGGAUUUAAGCAGCUCGUGAACGGAGGAUCUGUGCGUCCAGGACUUUUCCUUAAACCACUCCGUUGACUGCUGUGUGGAAUAUGACUGCUGUCCUGCACAGCUGAGAGACUUUUAAUGCCAUUUUUGACCGGAAGGAGAGGGUAAAUGUAUGUUUGCCCUCACCCUCCCCGUUGGAGACCUAUGGAGAGGCUGUACUGUGCGCAUUUACGCGGCUCCUGGACUCACAAACACUGAUUCCACAGACCUGGAUAGCGCAAAACGGGACACUUAACCCAAUUUGAAUGCCUUUGCAAGGAGUUUGCUGGUUUUUUUGCUGCAGGCAGGGCUUCAGUUUGCUGGGACGGGACUAUGGGGAAAAAGAGGAGGAAGAGUCUUUUGAAUUGCGCAACAAGGAGGACUUGACUCCCAAUGGACGGGCUCCAGGUGAAGUGAUUGCUUCUCAACCAACUUGUGCAGGAAACGGGACAAACGGACAUGCUGUCCCACAAUCACCUGGUGAGAUGAAGACUCUGAUUAUUGAGAAGAGCAAGAUGGGGGUGGAGGAGGAACCAGAGCUGUUGGUGAAAGGUUGGCUGUUGCGUGAGGUGCGAGGCAGCUGGGUGAAGCAACGUCGGUACUGGUUUGUGCUGAGCCAGGACUCCCUGGAUUACUACAGCGGAGCAGAGAAGGGAGCCCGCAGACUGGGAACGCUGGUCCUUACCAACCUCUGCUCUGUCAUUUGGCCAAACAAGCAGACAUACAAGGAGACGGGUUAUUGGAGCAUCACAGUGUAUGGAAGAAAGCAUUGCUACAGGCUGUACACGAGGCACUUCAAUGAAGCGGUGCACUGGGCUUGUGCCAUCCAGAAAAUCAUCGAUACCAAAUCGCCUGUGGAAACCCCGACGCAGCUCCUGAUCCGAGACAUCGAGGAGAAUAAGUUCAACCCCGAGGUGGUGGAGCACAUCUACGAGCACAACACCAUCCUGAAGUACACGCAGGGUCCCCUGUAUGCGCCCCUGCUGCCGUUCCCCUAUGGAAGCAUAGAGCACACAUACCACAGUGGGAAGGGCUACGGCUCGGUGCGUGAGGAGGCUGUGAGGAUCUUCAACUGCCUGCAGCAGCUAGAGUCGGUGCGGGAGCCGGUUCCUAUCAUCCAGGGCGUGCUCCAGACCUGCCUGGACCUGCGGCCACUCCGUGAUGAAGUUUACUGUCAGCUAGUGAAGCAGACCAGCUACACCCCCUCACCUUACACGGCUGCACAUCUGCGAUACUGGCAGCUUCUCACCUGUAUGAGCUGCACCUUUCUGCCUGGACCCACUGUGCUGAAAUAUCUGCGAUUCCACCUUAAGAGAAUCCAGAGCCAAAGUCCGGAGUCUGAAAUGGACAAUUAUGCGUCAUUCAUCAGCGAGGCUCUGGACAAAACAAAGUGUCGGGAGUGCGUGCCAUCUUGGGAGGAGAUCCAGAUGCUGAUGAGCCGUCAGGAGAUGCUGUGUACUGUGCACUAUCCUGGCCCCGGAUCCUGCCAGCUCUACAUCAGCUCGCACACCACCGCCAACGAGGUGGUCCGAAGGAUGCAAGAGAAGUUGGGCCUGCAAGACAGCAAAAAUACGUUUGCACUGUAUGAGCAGAAUGCACUGUGGGAGCAGCCGGUCGCUGGGAGCGCUCUGAUCGCCGACGUCCUGACCAGGUUUAAAAACAUCACCAACAAAGAGUCAGAGUCCAAAUCCCAGUGGAAACUCUGCUUCAAGCUCUACUGCCUGUUGGAUGCUGACAACAUAUCGGUGGACAGCAUCGAGUAUUUCUUCCUCUUUGAGCAGUGCCAUGACAUGGUGGUGCGUGGUCAGCUGCCGGCGUGUGAAGAAGACCUCCAAGCGUUAGCCGCCCUCAGGCUCCAGUGCCUGAUGGGCGACUUCAGCACACACGUCCCCUGCCCGCCUCUGGAUGAACUUUACCCAGGUCGAAUGCUUGAAACUCAGGUUCUCGUGUCGCUCUCGAGCCCUCAAGCCAUGCCCCCCUGCAAAGGGGCGGCUCAGGGCUGUCCCACGAUGCAGCGCUUCCCCACGGGCCUCCUGGCGGGGACGCUGUGGAGCCACACGGCUACGGCGGCGCACAAGCAGAAGGUGGAGCAGGACAUACGGCUGAGAAGCCGGCUGAAGGAGGAAGCGGCGGCUGUCAUGGCGUCCAUCUUGGAGCGCUGGAAGGGUCUGGCUGGGUACAACCGCAGGGAUAGCAUGGCCGCCUACCUCGCAAUCGCACGCCAGUGGUCGGGUUUUGGAUGCACUCUUUAUGAGGUGGACUUUUAUAUUAGUUCAUCCGGGAGUUUCUCACAGAAACUGUGGCUCGGUGUAGCCGCCACAUCCGUGUCUUUGUACAAGCAGGGCGAAUCCGAGGCGCUGGAGUCCUUCCCCUACGGGCAGAUCUGCUCCUACGGAGUCUCCGACAGCAACACCUUCAAGAUCACCGCUGGAGAUCGAGAUCUGCUUUUUGAAACCAACAAGCUGACGGAGAUCAUGCAGCUGAUGAACGCCUAUUUCAACGCCAUCCAUCGCCAGAGAGGUAAAGGAGAGGAUCCGGACAUCACCAUCACAGAGAGCACAGAGAUGAGCUUCCGGCACCUGGCCCCCACGCCGACACCCACCCUCCUGGAGCUGCCCUCGCACCCUGUUUGAGAGGAACUCAUGCCCGGAUGUCCCCCUCAACCCCCACCUUCCUCCUACGAGGCCCAGUCUCGCUCCUCAGGACCCUGAGCCUCCUCUGCUGGGAACGGCGCAGCAGCCAAAACAAAGAAAGGGCUGUUUUCACUUCCCAUCCAUGAAAAUAAACCCUCACUGAGACUUCCAGCUGAAGAAGCUGGCUAUAUAAUGGGAAAGAGGCAGGGAGGGGGACCAGAAACGCACAUAAGUGUUGUUUUUUUUGAAGUGAUCUUCAAAAUGUGAGAGAGAAGGAGCUAAGACUGCAACGAUAAGCUGUGGUACUCCACUCCCGAAAGCUAAAACACUACCGUUUCUCCUCUGGAGGUGUGCCACGUUAAACGAGCUUUUCCUAGAAAGUGCCGGUCCCUCGUGCACCGCCGACGUAGUGUCGAGAACAUUCAGUCACCUCUGGCCUGCACACUCCUCCCCUCGUUUAUGCCCACAUGCUCAUCAGACGGUCCGUUUUCAUAAGCUCCCAGCUGGGCUUGCAUUACCUGGAACUGUUGACGAGCAGAUCCAUGUGAACUUGGGAACUGGAAACAGAUGUUGGAGCUCCAUAACCCAGUCACUUGGGCUGCCACAGUUCUCCAGCCUCUUUCCCAGUCUAUUGAUCUCCAAAAAAGUUUUUCUUUUUGCCCUUGGAUAACACUUGACUGAUUGGUUAACUUUGCUUGAGUCAGUUACUGUUCCAAUGCAGCUUUAUUAUUUCUCAUGUAUAUAUUAGGGGAAUCAUCCAAGCUUUGUCUUCGUCAGCGGAUUGGAUCAUGGAAGAGCUGACACUUAUCAUGCAACGUUCCCCCUAAAAGCAGAUCAUUUUGUUAAUCGGGCAAUCCAUUUUUUUUUAAUUUAUCCCUUGUUUUAAAUUCUUAGAACCACAGAUUCUUUUUCUAGAAGCACCUUGUGUUUCAAUCCUGUGUAACUUUGAGGAUUCUUACGGUUUUAGCCAAGUCACAGGUUUGAGCGUGGACCAAAGAUGUUUUUUUUUUAUUUUUAUUUUUUAUGCAGACAGAUUCCCAAAGUCAACUCUCUUCACUUUUGUCUUUAAGAAUAAAUGUAGAAGUCCCAGUAUAUAUGCUGAUUUCCUUUUUAUUUUGUAAUAUCGACAAUGUAGGAAUAGGACUUUCUUUUUUUUCAUACUACAGCAGCGACUCCCCUCCCGCCCCCUCACCACGGAUGGCCUUGGCAGUCAUUGCACGGUCAGUUUCCUGCUUAGAAGUAGGUCUUUAGCAUUUUCUACUGCAGCUGCAGGCAGCUUCAUUUAUGGAAAAGGAAAAAAAAAGUAAAACUAACACAAAAAGGCAUACAACUCUGGUUAGUAUCGAGCUUGUUUGUAUGCUGCAUGGUACCUUUUUAUGUAAUAUACUUGUAUGUAUAGCCAGUUGCACUAUUGUUUUUAAACUAACUUGGGAGUGCAAUAAAAACUAUAAAUACUGUAUGUAAUUAAUAAAUAAGCACCAUUUUACCAUAAUUGCACUAUGA